AUCAUGUUGCCGCCACGAUGGUUGAACUUUGAAGGUUGGAAGCAUGGCUGACUUUACUGCGGAUCCUGGCGGGAGAGUGAAGGGGAUUACCACUGUGAAGCCAAUAGUUUAUGGCAAUGUGGCGAGAUAUUUUGGAAAGAAACGUGAUGAGGAUGGACACACCCAUCAGUGGACUGUGUAUGUGAAACCUUACAGGAACGAGGAUAUGUCUACAUAUGUGAAGAAAAUUCAUUUUAAACUACAUGAAAGCUAUGCCAAUCAAAAUAGAGUUGUUUCCAAACCUCCAUAUGAAGUUACAGAGACUGGAUGGGGAGAAUUUGAAAUAAUUAUCAAAAUAUUUUUUCAUGAUCCAAAUGAAAGACCAGUGACACUUUAUCAUUUGCUAAAAUUAUUUCAAAGUGAAACUGACAUCAUGCUUGGUAAAAAGAACUUGGUAUCAGAGUAUUAUGAUGAACUGAUAUUCCAGGACCCGUCUGCCAUGAUGCAGCAACUACUGACGAGCUCCAGGCCUCUGACACUAGGGCCACAUAAACAUGAAACAGAUUUUGAAGAGAAAAAAGAAAAAACUUUAAAUUCUGUCAUAGCGGCCAAGAACAAAAUUAGAUAUGAAAUAUCUGAGCUGAAUGAAAGACUAAAGCACAGUAAAGAGUCUAUUCAGAAAUUUAAAGAUGAGAUUGCAAAACUAGAAAGUCAAGAUGAAGAAAUUGUUGCUAAAAUGGAAAUGUAGCUUGAUCCUGGGCUGCGAAAUUCAGUGCUUUCAUGCAGGUUUGAAAUUUGAAAUAUGAAAAAUAACUGUUGCUGAAAGUUUUUGCCCCAGUGAUUUGCACUGACUGUUAAGCAGCUUCAAGUUGUAUAUAUUUGACUGCCAAUUGAAUACCACUGUGGAAGGUGAGGAAUUGUGGAAG